AUGGCACCCACAUUAGUUCUUGCUUUAGUUGCAAUUUGCAUCAUCAGUUCUACCGGUGGUGGAAUGUCAAGAUCUGUUAUCGGCACUCAAAGGGAAUUACUACAGCAGAAUGGUGAUCCAUCUUCAGGUGGAGGUUUUGGAUUGAGCCCGGCACCUAGCCCAGUUUCUGGAGCAGAUCCUCCUACAGACUCAGAUCCUCCUCCAGACUCAGAUCCUCCAACCCCAAUUCCUACACAGCCUGGAAUUGGGUCAGGACCAACGGAUCCCAGUCCUUCUACUCCAGACACCCCUAAUCCUGGCUCUUCUCCAAUGGAUCCACCAGCUGGUCAUGGAUCUUGCGACUUCUGGAGCUCUAACUAUGGAUCAUGGCCACACAUUUUGUCUACCAUGUCAUCAAUUAUCUCUAUAUUUGGACAGCCUGCAUUCCCCAUGUUCCCUAGUAGCAUGACACUCCUCCAAGCCUUGCAAAACAGAAAGACUGAUUCCUACAGUUCACUCCUCAAGCAGGCAUCUGCCUCUCUUCUGAAUGCAUAUGCUUACAAGAAUUUUGUUUACAGUUCAGAAGAUGUGAAGAAAAUGUUUGUAGCAGCACUCAGCUCCCCACAAGCCGCGGCAGCACAGGCCUCAGAAUUUGAACGUGCAAAUUUAGGGUUAAAAUAA